AAUACUGAUCAGUCCACUUCCGGUGCUUUGCGUCCUCCCGUUCACGGGCGCCGGAUGCUAGGCAUGUUCUCGCGAGAGGAGGGAAAGGGCGCAGGGUUUGAAACAUGGCGGACGACGUCGACCAGCAACAAACUACCAACACAGUAGAGGAGCCCCUGGAUCUCAUCAGGCUCAGCCUGGAUGAGCGCAUUUAUGUGAAAAUGCGAAACGACCGAGAGCUUCGAGGAAGGUUACAUGCUUAUGAUCAACAUUUAAAUAUGAUAUUGGGAGAUGUGGAAGAAACUGUGACUACUAUAGAAAUUGAUGAAGAAACAUACGAAGAGAUAUAUAAAUCCACGAAACGGAAUAUUCCGAUGCUCUUUGUUCGGGGAGAUGGUGUUGUGCUAGUUGCGCCUCCGUUGAGAGUUGGCUGAAACAAAGAAUUUAUCCUGUGUGGGAAAGAGGAGACUUCGUACCACUGCCUCUUUAAUGUAGAAUAUAUUCAAAAGAGAAGCCUGCGUAAAUUUUUGAUAUUCAGCAAUGACCAAGGAUUCUUCCACUCCUGAAAUGAGUUGAUUUGCAGAUAACUGGCAAGCUCUUAAGCUAAAUAGCAUCUUUAUUUUUCCCCAACCCUUCCCGUAAGUGUAAAGAUGGAAAUGCAGAACUCUUUUUGCAGAUAAUUUUGGAUUUUUUUUUCCCUUAAAUUAAAUCUGAUUUUUUCUUUUUCGGUUUUUUAAAAAUGCAGUCUCUUGUGAAUUAUUUAAAGUAAGCACGUUCACUCAGUACCCAUUUACUGUGUUUGAUGCUCCAGGUUGAGUGCUGGGAACUGUAGUUCUGUCAGUAUGCUUCCUGCCUUCAAGAAUCCUGGGAAGGGAGUUGUUCAAGCCAACAGUUACAGGACAGUGAGAUCGGUGAUGCUGGAGUGAUGCACAGAAGGAGCCAUAAAAGCACAGAUAGGAGCACCUGGAGCAGGUCAGGGUGGGCUGACACACAGGCAGGUGUGCUAGUGGUAAUAUGUCACUGUGAACAUUAACACUUGUGGAAGGAGACAAAGGGCAAUUUCUGUUUCUUCUGUCUGGCGUGGUUCUUUGCUAAGGUCAGGCUUCAGUGCUUAUAUACCUGUGUGGUUCAGCUUGGUCGCAUCAGCCGAUGCUGCACUUACUUUAUGACUCAAACCGUUUUUCCAUUCUUACUGGUAGUUGACCAGGAUCACUGACCAUGAGUGAGAAGGGGUCAAAACAGUGCAUCUCAAUGGCACCAUGAAACACAGUGACUAAAGCCAAGCUGUUUUUGUUUCUAGCUGCAGUCAGCCAGCAGUUAACGGCCAAAAAGUAAAGGGGAAAGUAUAUGUGUGUGUUUUAAUCCCUAAAACUUUAUUAAGAUAGGACUUAGAACCUGAUGCCCUCCAUGAAGUAGGGUGUGCCCUUUUGAAAUGUAGAACAUCUGAUUUGUGGAUGACUUGUCUGUAAAUAUGCUGAAUGUGUGUUUGAUCAAGCAUGAUAUGCACAAUAUUUUAAGCCAUGUGUAGAAAAGAAGCUUUCGGUAGA